AUGCCUACAAAAGCAAGAGCAUUAUAUGACUGUGUCGCUGACGAUGUUGAAGAGUUAUCUUUCAAAGAAGGAGACAUUUUGGUUGAUGUCGUUGAAAGCGACAGCGAAGGGUGGCUAGAGGCGGUCUCAGAAAGAACGAGAGAGAGAGGUCUAGUUCCAAAGAAUUAUGUUGAACUGUUUGAGGAUAAGCCAAAGCCACCAAAAGUGUUACCAAGAGGUACGGCAAAAUCAGUAGGAUCGAAUGGAGUCAAAUCGACCGGUCCACCUGCGAUUAUGCCGAAACCUACAGUAAAUGCAGAUAGACCAUUGGGUGGUCCACGGAAACUCUCGGCAAACGUAAUAGCAGGCUUUGAAAAGACGACAAACACCACCACUACACCGACCGACAAAUCGUCUGUCAAGUCUACGGCACCUCUGACAAAACCAAAACCAGACAUCAGCGGUAACGGAUUCAAGACAAAUACUCAUGAUGUGGAAGAAGAAGAAGAAUCUGCUACGCCGGUGUCGGUGAGCGCGCUACGUAGACAACUCGAAAGCAAGGUACAGUCCUCGCCGCCACCAGUAGCACCAAAACCAAGGACGUCUAUAAUGAAGACGACGGAAUCGAGAGACCCGCAGCCAUCAGCUUUUAGAUCAGCCGAUAAUUUAUCUGACGAUGAACCAGAUUCUCCUUUCAAACGUCCAUCUGAAAUCAAAAAACUUCAAAAGGAGCAAUCUUCUGCAACUUUGGUAUCACGUGCUCCACCAGCCUUGCUUCCAAAACCAUCGCUUCGUUCUGCACCACCACCGGUUGCACCACGAAACGUCAAACCUUCUGUAAAAGAGGUUCGCGACACGCCUCUGCGCAAGCUAUCCGAUGCGCCACCGCCUACGCCACCGCGACCGAAGGUUGGGAGCCAGGCUCGGAGCGAGGUUGCUGGGAAACUUGAGAACGUCGAAGGUGCGGCUAAAAAGAAUGUACAGGAUGAAGUUGGUAAUGCCGCUUCGCGCCAAGUGGGGAAGGCUUUCGGCGAAGGAAGAGGACAGCUGUCAAACUCCAAGUAUUCCAAAUACACACGCCCUUAUCAGGGCAAAGUUCUCGAUAAAGCGGAAACUGUAGCCAAAGACCAGGCACAAGUACGGUCCAGAUCUCUAGCUAGUGAUGCCUUCGACGACACUCUAUCGUCUGUAAAAUCCACGCAGCCAAAAACUUCUCGACCUGAAAUCCCAUCACGUAAAAAUACAUUCAAUAGAACAUCUAUAAUGGAUAAGGUGAGCGCCAGGAGCGUUCCAACUAGAGACCAAGAUAAUACUCCACCACCGUUGCCGGAUAGAAAAAAUACUACAAGAGCGGAGGGAGAAAGCACGUCCAAAAUUCCGCCGAGGCCUCCGCAACAUAAUCCUUUCAAUGAGAGUAAUUUAUCUAAAGGUAUUCCGCGUAAUGCUCGAGAACGGUAUGAGAUUGUGUUUGCAGCGAACAUGGACGAAGAUGGAUAUAUUGAUACUAAUGAAACAUUACUCGAUAUAGGCGACGUGGUUAAAGAAAUAUACAUGCGAAGUAGGCUCGAUAAAAAGACUUUGUCCAAAAUAUGGAGUCUCUGCGAUAGCGAUGAAGAUGGUAGACUCAGUCAACAUGAGUUUUGCGUAGGUAUGUUCUUGAUUGAUGGACGACUACAAGGGAAUCGAGUACCAGAUACACUCCCUGAUGAGCUUAUCGAAUAA